AUGUCGUUCGCUCGUUCCGCCGUUGUCGCCCCUGUUCGCACCGCCCUCCGAACCGCUGCCAACCGCCAGCAUCAGCGUGCUUUCACCACCGCCAACGCUUCCGGCAUCAACAUUGCUGCUGCCGACGAUGGUGCAUUGACCUCUUCCAUCACCCUUGCCGUCAAAGCCGGUCCUCGUUACGAGAAUGCUCCCGGUGUCGCCCACGUUCUGAAGAACUACCUUUUCAAGUCCAACCAGAAGCGUUCCGCCCUCCGUCUUGUUCGUGAAGCCGAAUUCUACGGUGGUGUUCUCUCCACCGCUCUCACCAAGGAGUGCCUUUUGCUCACUGCCGAGUUCUUGCGCGGUGAUGAGGAGUUCUUCCUCGAGGUUCUCGGUGAUGUUUUGACCAGAUCCAAGUUUGCUGUACACGAGUUCAACGAGGAGGUCUUGCCCCAGGUUCAGUCGGAGCACGCUCAGGCUCAAUCCAACCCCGCCGUUCUCGGUUACGACCACCUUCUUCAGACUGCUUACCGUCAACGUGGUCUUGGUUCUUCCCUCUUCGCCUCGCCCCUUUUGCCCGUCACUCACCGUCAGACCGUUGACUUCGCCAAAGCCGCGUUCGCCAAGAACAACAUCGCCGUCCUCGGUUCCGGUAUCGAGUCCAACAAGCUCAAUCAGCUCGUCUCCGCUCACUUUGGCGACCUUGCCGCCAGUGCGUCCAUUUCUAGCACCGCUUCCAAGUACUUUGGUGGUGAACAGCGUGUAGCUUUCGCUCCCCCACACGGUGCUGAGAACACCCGUGCCGCUCACGGCCACUUCUUCAUCGCUUUCGAGGGUGCUGGACACAAGGAUGCUGCUGCUGCCGCUAACCUUGCUGUUCUUCGUUCGCUUCUUGGGGGUGAAUCCUCGGUCAAGUGGAGCAACGGUGUUUCUCCCUUCUCCCAAAUCGCUGACAGUGUUCAGGGUGCUCAGGCCAACGCUUUCAACCUUACCUUCUCCGAUUCCGGUAUUUUUGGCGCCCACGUCUCCGCACCUUCCACCUCCGUCCAGCAAGCCGCUUCCAAGGUCGCUCAGGCGCUCAAGAACGUCGCUGGCGGUCUUAAGGAGGAGACCAUCAAGGCCGCUAUUGCAAAGGCUAAAUUUGAACGUGCUUCCCUUCUCGAGAACCGAACCGCUUCUCACGAGCUCCUUUCCGCUCAACUCCUCGAUGGUGGUAAGGCUGCCACGCUUGAAGAGGCUUUCGCAGCAUUUGAGGAUGUUAAGGCCAGCUCCCUCUCCAGUGCCGCUGAAAAGUUGCUGAAGAGCAAGCCAACCACUGUUGCCGUUGGUGACGUUCACCUUCUUCCUUACGCCGACGAGGUUCUUUAA